UGACGGUGUUGCUUCGGAGUACAUUACAGAGAUCUUUGGGGUAGAUCUUCUCUCCCUCUUUGUUCCUCCGAUCAUUAUAGGGUUAAAUCUUGAAAGGCUAUCCGAUCGUUAUUUAAGGAUGGAUACUGUUCAAGAUAAAGAGAAUAUAAUACCCAAACUAGAUGAACAAAAGAAGAAGAAGAAGAAGCAUGGCUGGGAGAAGAAGCAGGAGGAGAAAGCGAGGCAGAUGAGUGAGGCGAAGAAAGCCAGGGAGAAGAAGAAACAAGAAGUAGAAUUUGCCUUUGUAUUGUGUCUUCCCUGUGUUUAAAAGUUGCACUGUUGGUGCUGUCUUGCAGGAAUUUACCAAUAUUGGUUUGAAGUUAUUAGACCUCAGAUGUCGUAGUGUCACACCAAGAUUUAUAGAGGCUCACUUUGCAAAGGAAGGUAGAUCCACAUUUACUGGUCCAUUUAUGAAAUAUAUAAGUGAUGGUCCAUUCCUUGCUAUGAAAUGGGAAGGAGAAAAUGCUGUCAAGAGAGCUUGUGAACAUGUAUCCAAAAAGAAAGAAUAUCCCUUAUGGGAUUACUGGCCACUUGUUUACAGUAGUGAUACAGUUAAAAGGGCACUAGAAGACGCCAGAACCUGGUUCCACGCCGAUUCUUCUGACUUGUCAGUAGCAGCACUGAAGAACAGAAAUAUGAUAUUUAACCUCCCUGAUGGUGGCAUAUGUGGUGGCUUGCCACAAGAGGAAUUAGAAAUCUUAGUUGAUGGAAGCACAGUUGAUUUUAACCUCUCAAGUGACCUUCAGCGGUUCGUCCUAAUCAAGCCGAAGGCUUUUGGAAAAGGAUUUGUACCAGACUUGCUAUCUACUAUUGAGAAAAACUGCCUUUACAUGAAAGGGUUAAAGCUGGUAAAAAAGUCUGAAGUUCCCCACAGUGUUGCAUGGUCUGAUGAUAAUUCUUCUUCCCCGGGUGAAACUAAGGAAAAAAUUGGUAUUGCUUUAAUUGUGUCGCUUCCAGAUUCAGUGUUUGAUUCAAAAGAUUCCUUAAUCACUGCUGGCAGCGAAUUUGUGUAUGCAAGUGCGGAAGCUGAAUCGUCGUUGAAGUUUGUGAAAGAGUUCUUCCCAUUGGGUAUCGUUGGCUGGCUGGAUCCAGAUAUAACUGACCUUAGAGGCGGUUACUUUGAAUCAACCUUAAUUGGCCUUCAAUUUGAGUAGCAGGAUGAUCCCGAUAGAGUCUAAACUAGUCAUGCAAUGGAUGAGCAAUGCGUGUCAAAUAUCUAACGGGCGCAGUUACACCAAUAACUAACAACCGAAAUAAUUAAAGACACCUAGCUAAUUACUGAGGGCAGCCACUGUGUUGCAUGUCACACUGUGACAUUGCCUCCCCAGAACAUUAUCCUUGUCCUCAAGGAUAAAUUUCGGGUAAUGAGCUUUGAUGGUCGUCCCAUGUAGCGUUCUCAGGUGACGAAUUAGUCCAUUGGAGCAGUAUUUGUCUGACCAACCGACGACCCUGACGAAUGGUUCUGGUUUGAAGUAUCUUCUCAGGUAGCACAAGAAUUUGACCUUCAUGAUCAACCACUGGUAAGUCUGGAGAUGGAGUGUGUCCGAGGCCAAUGUGUUUCUUCAGCUGAGAAACAUGAAAAACUAGGUGAAUGCGUACAUGAGAAGGCAACUGCAACUUGUAAGCCACAUUACCAACUUUCUGAAUAACUGACAAUGGACCAUUGAAUUUAGCAGAGAGCUUAAAGUUCUUCCUGAGAGACACAAAUGCUUCUCUAUAUGGCUAUAGUUUAAGAUAUACCAAAUCUCAAAGCUUCUAUCUUUGCGUGACUUGUCAGCAUAGAGCUUCAUUCUCUCUUGAGCUAAGUGAAGUGAUUCCUUGAGAAGAUCAAGUAGAGAGUCUCUUUCUUUCAAAUAGGUUUCAGUAGCAUAAUCUGAAGUUGUGGCAGUGAUAGGGAAAUCUAAGUGAGGAGGGACAUACCCAUAAAGUGCUUGAAAUGGGGACAUCUUCAGACUGAUAUGAAAACUUGAAUUGUACCACCAUUCUGCCAAAGCAAACCAUUGGCUCCAUUUUCCAGGUUUAUGUCCAUUUAAGCAUCUCAAAUAAGUUUCUAAGCAGCCAUUCACCCUCUCAAUUUGGCCAUCUGUCUGAGGGUGAAAUGUUGUGCUUAAAUUAAGACUUGUACCUAAAGCUCUAAAUAGAUCCUGCCAAUGCCGGUGAAGACCUUGUCCCUGUCUGACACAAUUGAUGAUGACAAUCCAUGCAAUUUGAAUACUUGAGAUACAAAUGCCUGAGAAACUGAGGCUGAUGUGUAUGGAUGCUGAAGAGACAAGAAAUGUGCAUACUUGGUUAGUCUAUCAAAAAUGACAAGGAUAACACUCUUCUUGUUGCUGACAGGAAGGCCUUCAAUGAAAUCCAUUGUGAUAUGUUGACAUGACUGAUCAAUUAGGAAGAGGUUGAAGUAUUUCUGCGCAUUGGUGGAAUCACUUUUGUUUCUUUGGCAGAUGUCAUAAUGAGAGACAAAAAAACACUAUGUCUUUGUGCAUUCAUUUCCAAUAGAUGGCUCCUUGCUCUCACAAAAGUGGCUUGAAUGCCAAAAUGCCCUCCAAUGGUUAAAGCAUGUAGAUAUUCUAAGAGUGUUUGUAUCACAUUGCCUCAAGUUCCAAUGUAAAGUUUGUGUUUAUACCUUAAAACACCCUCAUUGUAAGUAAAGUUUGGGACACUGAGAGGAUUGAGGAGAAGUGAAGAAAUAAUAUGUUGAGCUUGAGAGUCAUUUGCAUAAUCACUUGUAACUUCAGCAGCCCAAUGUGGUGUAUAUAAUGACAAGAAGCAGUAUCCAAUGGUCUUCUGGAGAGAGCAUCUGCAACAACAUUGUCAACUCCUUUUUUAUACUGAAUGUCAUAGUACAAUCAAGGAGUUUGAUCAACCAUUUCUGCUGGAAUGAAGUUGUAAGUUUCUGCUGCAAGAAGUAUUUUAAGCUUUGGUGAUCUGUCUUAAUGGUAAA